UUAUUUAAUUUUAUUUUAACACUAACUUUUCCAAUUCAUGAUUUUAGAUGAGGGUUUUCAGAUCCUAGCUGAUCAAUAAGAGUAUUUCUUGCUUUUCUCGAUACCGCGACUAAAUCCGUAAAAUCGUUUUUAAUUUAAAAUAUGUAGUAUUCACAUACGGAAUCAAUAUUUCUUAAUUUCGUUUCAGUGUAAACGUUUUCUCGUUUCGAUAAUGUUUUUUAAAAUAUCACUAUUUUUAAUUUGUUAUUGUAAACCAAGUCUUUGGACGGAGGCAGAAGUGUAUACGGCGAUAACGGACCUGGUGGCCUUGCUACCUACUCUAGAAAGGACUAUAGAGGAUUUAGAAUAUUACAUCGAAACAGAAGAGAAAAGCCCUGAUACUUUAACAACGCAAUUGAAUCUGUACAAAAAAGAAAAAGAAUUAGCCUCUAAAGAUUAUUCGGAGUAUUUGGAGAAUCCUGUUAACGCGUACAUUCUCAUAAAGCGGCUUACUUCUGACUUGGAAUACAUCACACAAAAUAUACAAAAUGUUACAAAUGAUAGUACUAUUAAACUACGGCAUGAAGAUCUCAUAUAUCCUACAAAAGAGGAUCUGAUUGGUUCAGCGAUAGCCCUCUCCAGACUACAAAAUACUUAUGCGCUAAACGUCACCAAACUCGCUAAAGGAAGACUGACUGAUGCAUCAUUUGGUUAUUCCAUGACUGUGAACGAUUGUUUUAAACUUGGUCAAAUACUUUACGUACACAAUAAGUUUAGACAUGCAUUAGAAUGGUUCUUAGAAGCGCUUAAGAAAUUCAAGAAGGAAAAUGAAACGCAAGAAGUUUCGGAGACUGAAAUCCUUAACUAUUUUUCUUAUGCUCUAUAUUACGUGGAUGACGCUAAAGCUGUGUUUAAAUCAACUAAGCAAAUAUUGGAUAUUGAUAAAAAAUAUGCAAUUGAAAUCGAAGAUUAUAUCAGUACGAUAAUAAAUAUUGAGAUGUUGGAAGAAUCUCCUAGUACGGAAGACUCCAGCGACGAGCUUGACGAAGACAGUGAAGAAUAUCAAAGAUAUUUCAGGAAGGAACAGUUUGUUUACGAAGCGCUUUGUCGCGGAGAAAUAGAAUUGCCUACUGAGGUUACAAAGAAAUUAAAGUGCAGUUACCUUACACACACUCAUCCAUUUCUGAAGUUAGCACCGAUCAAGACGGAGCAAUUAUACAUAGAGCCUGAUGUUUUCGUCUUUUACAACGUGAUCAGCGACGAGGAGAUCGAACAUUUGAAGAUUAUAUCGAAACAGAAGCUCAAACGAUCGGAACUGGCAGGUUAUACCGAUUUCACGAAUGAUACGGUGUCGAAGUACCGCAUCAGUAAGACGGCGUGGUUGUACGACUCGAGUUCGCCGGUGGUGGCGCGCCUCUCACGUCGCUCGGCGUACCUCACCGGCCUCAGCACGGCCACAGCAGAGCCCCUGCAGAUCGUUAACUACGGCCUCGGUGGACAUUUCUCACCGCAUUUUGAUUUUUUCUUGAAAGACUCUGUGCCAGAAUUGCCCAAGAUGAAACAGUACGGAAACAGAAUAGCAACUAUCAUAUUCUAUAUGUCCGACGUGUCACAAGGGGGCGCCACAGUGUUCACGGAGUUAGGUUUGAGUGUGUUCCCUGAGAAGAACUCGGCACUGGUCUGGACGAACCUGCACCCGUCGGGUGAGGGCGACAUCUCUACACGCCACGCCGCCUGCCCCGUGCUGCGCGGCUCCAAGUGGAUUUCGAACAAAUGGUUUCAUCAAGUAGGGCAAGAGUUCAUCCGACCUUGUAACCUGGAACACCAAUUAGAAAACGUCAAACGGAAUAUUUUUAUGCCCCAACCAAAGACAUCGGAUGAGUAUCAUAGACAAUUUAUAAUUGACUGGUUUACAAAAAACGGUCUUGAAAAAUGUAUGUAUGCAUAGACAUUUUUAUGAUCUGUAGAAUUCCUUCUAUCUUUUCAGCUCGAACUUAAUAAAUUUUUUAUCUGUUUGUUCAGUUGUAACCGUUUUUCGUCUUCAAUAAACAAUGCACUCCUUUACUGGGUAUAUCGUUUCUGUAAUAUAUUGUUUCUACAUCUGAAAACAUUCUGUAUAAAUAUAAUUAUUUAACACAUUAUUUUUUUUUAAUUUUCUUCAUUUACAGUAAAUACUUACCUACGUAUGUAGAUUCUUUCGCCAAUUGUUUGGAUAUAUCUUAAAUGGAAAGGUGAAAUGGCUUCUAGAUUAACGAUAUUUUCUAUCUCUUUGACUAGUUUGUCCUUUGUAUAGUUUUACAUGCGUAAUUAUAACACAAAUAUAUUUAGACUUUUGUAGAGUAAAAGCUUACAUAGGCUUGAAGCUAACAAGCGUAUCUUAUCUACUUAUUACUUUUAAUUUUGACAAAAAUCUUAACAAAAUGUUUCAAAAUAACAUAAACAUUACACAAUUUACGUUGCAGUGGUCAUCAAAUUACGAUCACGAAAUAAAA